AUGAAUUCAGAAGAUGAAGAAAAAAUGGAUGAAAUGUUACCAUUGGUUAAAGCUGAAUUGAAAGAUUAUACUGGAUAUACUGAUAAAGAUAUUACUGAUUCUUUAUGGAAUAAUUAUUUUGAAUUGGAACCAACUUUAAAAGAAUUGAAAAGUGAGUUAUUGAUUAUUACUAUUAAAUGUCCUGAUCAAUUGACUAACAUGGUAUAG